AUGAAGAUCAUAGGCCUCCUCUUGCCUCCUCUUGUGGCUUGCCCUGAAUGCCCUCACUGCCGCUGUAGUGGCUCUCGGACUCCGACCACCUCAAAAAUCCAAUCUGGAAAGAUGCGGGCUGGUGGCACCUGCCACCCAAGACUACCAAAAUCCCUUCAGAGGAAGAGGUCAGCACAGACACAGAUGUGGGAGUCCCCCGUGGAGUCCCAGGACAAGCAGCUCCUGCCAAAGCUGCCUCGAAAAGAGUCCUCGCCCAAGGACUCUGGCCUCAAGGCAGUUCCCAGCACACAUACUCUUUAUGUGGGCCACCUGAACCCCCAGUUCUCUGUGCCCGUGCUUGCCUGCCUGCUACGAGACACCCUAGAGCGGCUGGAGCUGCCAGUGGCCCGUGAGCACAUUGAAGUAGUAAGGCGGCCACGAAACACUUAUGCACUGGUACAGGUGGCUGCCCCCAAGGCUGCCCUGGCCGCCCUUCCCUGGCGUCUGCAGAUGGCCAUGGAGGAGCAGCUAAUCCUCAGAGAGCUCACAGCCCGUGGCAAGGAGCUGGUGUUGAGUGAGGGCUUGGAGUCCUUAAACCACAGGGAGGACAGCGGCCCAAGCCCAAGCGCCAGCCCUGGCCCCAGCCCAGGCUUAAGGCGCCCACAGCAGCCCCAACUGCCAGACUCUUCCCCUAACUGGUGCUGGGCUGGGCGUCGACAGAUUUCUCAGAACCGACCCAGUGGCGUGCGCUCUGAUAGUGCCAUUGUGCACCAGGAGAUCUUGGGCCAGGAGCAGCUAUUCCAGGGUGCUUUCCUUGGCAGUGAGACACGGAACGUGGAAUUUAAGCGAGGCAGCGGUGAGUACCUGAGUCUGGCUUUCAAGCACCACGUACGGCGCUACGUGUGUGCCUUUCUCAACAGUGAGGGUGGCAGCCUGCUGGUAGGUGUGGAGGACAAUGGCCUGGUACAGGGCAUCCACUGCAGCCACCGUGAUGAGGACCGCACACGCCUGCUGGUGGACUCCAUCCUGCAGGGCUUCAAACCCCAGGUCUUCCCUGAUGCCUACACCCUCACCUUCAUCCCCGUCAUAAGCACUUCCACAGCCAACACCCCUCUCAAGGUACUCCGUCUGACCGUACACACCCCCAAGGCCCAGGGUGAGCCACAGCUCUAUGAGACAGACCAGGGGGAGGUAUUUCUACGACGUGACGGAAGCAUCCAGGGCCCACUGUCUGUUGGCGCCAUCCAGGACUGGUGCAGGCAGAAGUGGACGAUGGAGCUGGGCAAGCUGGAAGAGAAGGUGAAGGUGCUAACGGUGGAAAAGGAGCAGCUUCAGCAGCAGCUUCAGCAGCAGCGGUCCCUGUCCUGCAGCUGCUGCGUCCUGUGAGGAUGAGGAAGAUGGGGGCUAAGGCCUGGAAUAAAACAUACAUGGGCUACCACCUCUCUCCUUCGGCACUGCUCAUGCGGGUGCUGUGGCUUCACCUCAGAACAGGCUGACCAUCAGCUCUUGGCACAUCGCCAAGAACCCCGAUUUCGGAAAACUUGGCUAGCUAUUCUAGAACUGACCUCUAAGGGACUGUUAACUCUUAAUCCCAAAUGCACUUUUUGCCUAAGCCAAUUCUAGCAGGCUAGGAAAAUUGUCAACCUGGAAAGGGCCACCCUGCAGCUCUUACCCUAACCUGUCACCGCUCCUUAUACACCUACACACACAGGAAUGCUUAGUUACUUCUAAGACAGUUGAUCAGCCAGCCAGAGGCUGCUGUAUCACAAGUCUCAUGCCCAGCCCACAUCUGCUCAGGAGGCAAAGCCCCACUCUGAGAUACCACAGCACUGCAGCCACUCAGCACCCACUGCAGCUCUGCCCUAAGACUCAGCACUUGGAGAAACUGUGCCUACCUCUGACUUAGUCUUGUGACUUGUCAGACAGUGACAAGUGGGCAAGGGGCAUUUUGUCACCAUCAUGUAGUAUCUGGUAUCUGUUAGCCAUGGCAGAACAGCCAUUCACAGGAGGAGUCUAGCCACAGACUAUUGCUUCCCCACUAACUGGCACUAAAGCAAGAGCUAAAUCCUGCUCCACCUGCUCUGCCCACACCCGUUUCAUCGUAAGACAGCCACCUUUAGUAGCUCCUCCUGCUGCCCCUAACACCAGCCACACAUGCUACAGCAACCACCCCACCCCACCUCUACACUGAGUGCUCCCCUGUCUAGAGCCCUCUUUCUCAGAGCUGCAGGACUUAGCUUCCCCUCCAGGAUGGCCUUGGACUUGUGGUAAUCCUCCUGCUUCAACACCCCCAGUCCUGUCACUGCCAAGGUGCUAGGAUCACGGGCAGGAGCAACUGUCUCUGGCUUCCUUUCCCCUCCAUAGCAAUGUCAGAGUUUCUCCCACUGAAGUACAUGCUGCAGGUCAGGGAUAUGGUCUGUGUUCAGAACACAGGCAUGUGAUAGGUACCUAAUACCCUAAUGAGACAAUCAACAAUCAAGGGUACUUUUAAAGUACUGACAAAUAACAUUUUAUAAGACAAUGAAAGUAGUUAUCCGCUCUCCCUUUCUUGAGGUUCUCAGCCACAUUCAGAGUAGGCAUCAAAAAGAAAAAGCACUGUAUCCUCAACACAUGUGCACACGCCGAGUUUUGAAAUUUCAGUUCCCAUGCCCCAUUCACUGGCUACUGGACACUCCCUGGACCACUCACUACUCAAGACCUGAUCUUUCCAUGCAGCAAACAGAAUACAACCCCUACCAGGACUUACAAUACUGCCUCAGCAUGGGGAAUAAUGAAACCACUGGGUGGGAAGGGAAAUGAGAAGUAAUGUCUUCUUCUUACACAGAAGACAGGAUCUGUGUAGAAGUAAACAUGAGCUUACUGAGAAGUGAGGGAAAGACAGGAGGCCUCAGGGAUGAUAGUGGCAUUGGACCAGAGAAUGAGAGUCUAAGGUAGGAGCUGGACUAACUGGUGAGACACAUAUCCCUCCCCAAGACUCAAUGUCUCAACUUACAGCAAGUGAAGGAUAUUACUUUUACAACCUAUACACAACUAGGCCUGCAACCUGCCACCAUCACCUCGUAAUGGUGACUUUGGAAAGAAUCCAGUCCCUGUGACCUUGAACUUCUGAGCUUCAACUCUAGAGGUCACGAAUGAGUGCAGAGUGAGAAAAAGCAGACCAGCUGGUUAGAAUAGCCCUUGGUUAGCUGUCUGGUUCCAUGUGUGAAGUGCCCUGUCUGCAGUGAGCAAAUGAUCAUGUUCAGGCAGCCCAUGGCUCUGCUUUUCCCCUGCUGAGUAACACACAGCAGCAACUGGUUUUGAAUCCCUUGGCACAUGGUAUGUCAUGACAAACUGAAGCCUUGCUGAGAAAUCCUAGGUGCUAUGAAGGCUUGCAUCUUACUUUGAUACAAAGCAUCACACUGCUGGCUUAGGAACAACCCAGCACUGAAGCUUAGUACCCAUGGAAAAACACACCAGCCAGUGACAGAAUAAGAAUACACAGCAAUGGUUCCUCAUUAUUUAUUAAGUUAGGCGUAUACAUUGAGCCAGCCACCAUAGUGUGGGCAUGUGGCCACGCCCACUGCUAUGUCACAUUAGGAAAAUAACUUUUCGAAUUGCAUUUCAACUGCAAUAACACCA